UAUUACACAGGCUCGUGAUUAUGCCCAUGCAAUAAAUGCUUCAUUAAUAUUUUGUUCUGCAAAAUAUUCUAUUAAUAUACAAAAUAUUUUUAAAAUAAUACUUAUAAAAAGUUUUGAUCUCAGAUAUAAAAUUUUAGAAAUUAAAGAGGUUGGAUCUCCUAUAUUAGAAUAUAAAACUGCACCAGAAUUUAUAAAGGCAGCUGUAAUUUAUCAAAAUUCAUACUGA